CGUCAUUUGUCACGUGACUGACAUGUUUACAUCCAGGUUCUUCUCGUUUAACUUCCGGAACUGCGCAGUAGGAGUCAGCUGACAGUUGUGGUCAAGCAGCCAGUGAAACAUCUCAGCUGAAGAGACCCUGAACAGAGGAGGGGGAAAAAAGCCUCUUUUUUUGUCUCCAGAACCAUAACGGCCGCGGAGAAACGGACAGCCGUUACCUCCUCAGAUACCCGGCCACGUCUUCCCGCCUUCCACGCAAUGAGUAUCAGCGCUCCGAAAGGCCUGGCCAGCUCGGGGCAAAAGCCCAUCACGGAGAUCCUCCACCCGCUGUCCGCCGCCGAGGAACCGCUCUCCCCCGGGCCAGAUGUCACCGUCAGCGGUGGAAGGGAUAAGGAAGUGGGGCUGACCAACGGCACGCCGGUCGAGACGCCGAGUCCGGCUUCUGCGUCCGUGCUCUUCAACAGGCUGCACCUGGACGAUGACUUGGACCCAGACACCCGGGACCCCUACGCCGACACAGAAACCCACGACCUUUUCGUCACUGUCGACGACCCAAAGAAGCACGUCUCCACCAUGGAGACCUACAUCACUUACAGAGUCUCCACCAAGACAUCACGGAUAGAGUUUGACCUGCCAGAGUACUCUGUUCGGCGGCGCUAUCAGGACUUUGACUGGCUGAGGACCAAGCUGGAGGACAGCCAGCCGACCCACCUCAUCCCACCGUUGCCGGAGAAGUUUGUGAUGAAGGGCGUGGUCGAUCGUUUUUCCGAGGAGUUUGUGGAGACGAGGAUGAAGGCCCUGGACAAGUUCCUCAAACGAGUUGCAGACCACCCCGUCCUCUCCUUCAACCCUCAUCUAAAUGCUUUCCUGUCUGCCAAGGACCUCAACAAACGUCAGGGUCUGGCCCUGCUGACCAAAGUGGGUGAGUCUGUGAAGAGCGUGGCUGGAGGCUACAAGCUGCGAGUGCGACCUCCUGAGUUCUGCGCCCUGGGAGAAUACCUGGACACCUUUAACCAGAAACUGGGAACCAUCGACCGGAUCGCUCAGAGGAUCCUCAAAGAGCAGUCAGAGUACCUAACUGAGCUACGCGAGUAUGGUACAGUCUAUGCCAGUUGGGCGGGGUCAGAGGAGGAGCUGCAGCGUCCUCUGGAGGGCGUGGCUGGCUGUGUGACGACGUGCUGCGGCGCGCUGGAGGACAUGAGUGAGAACAUGAGCCAGGACUUCCUACCCGUGCUCAGAGAAUACAUUCUCUACAUCGAGUCAAUGAAGAAUGUUUUGAGGAAGCGAGACCAGAGCCAAGCGGAGUACGAAGGCCGUCUAGAAGCAGCCGUAUUGCGCAAACAAGAGGACAGAACACCCAUACCAGCGGAGGUAGAGAAAUGCCAGGACAAAAUGGAGUGUUUCAACGCUGACCUGAAGGCAGACUGGGAGCGCUGGCAGAGCAACAAGAGACAAGACUUCAAGCAGCUUCUCACCGGCAUGGCCGACAAAAACGUCACCUAUUAUGAAAAGUGCCAGGCAGCGUGGGAGUCGCUCAUAACUGUCCUCCAGGACAAACAGACUGAAGACAAAACGAGUGAGACGAACUGAAACAUCUCUAUCUCUUUCUCUCCGUCUCUCCACACACACUCUCUCGUUCAUGCCACGGAAAAAGACCAACAGGGCAGCAGGUUUACCUGCUGGACUCGGGGCCCCUGUUCUCCUGUGAGAUGAUUGUAUGAGGGGAGUCGUCUCCCUCUAAGAUUUUGGGCCGCUAAGGAGGAAACACACGGUGCAUUCGAGGACAGCUAGGAAAAGAGGAGAAACCUACUAUGUAUAGUUUUUGUUUUUGUUUCUUUUUUUGACUUUUUCUACUUCAUAUUUCGAGUUAACAGUCGGUUGCCAAUGCUACUUUGUGUUUAUUUAACCGCAGUCUCUUACUCAACGCUCUCCCAUUUUCAUACUGAGAAAACUGUUCAUGAAGGUAUUGCUGCUGUGUGGGUCUAUGAAGUAUCUUAGGUUUGUUUCAGAUAUGUUCAAAACAUCCUCAAGAUGUUUUUUUUUUUUUUUUUUUUUUUGUCCUGCCAGGUUGUAAAAGCCUCUGGGAAAUACAACAGUGAAUGAACACAAAUUUACUCUCUUGUACUCAAAGCACCACACAUGUUUUGUUUUUGUUUUUUUAAUCUAAACUUUUACCAAAGGUCACAAACUUCACCCCUGUCGUUCCUGCACCUAUUACUAAAAAUAAUCCACAAAAAUCAGGUGGUAUGUGAUAAAUGUUCAAGUGGGACCUGUGCAUGUUUUCCCAAAGGGACACUUUAGUAUAUCUCGGUUAUUUAUUUGUUUUUUGUUGCUACACACCCUCACAGAUAAAUGGAGAUAAACAGUCUUCAGCGAUGACGAUGAAGGUGCCUAUAGAAGAAAACAAGUUCUUGCCAUCCAUAAAUCAACAUUUCGGGCUAUAAUCUCUGGUCUCACUAACUCAAACUUAAGAGAAAAUAACUCGAAAUUUUGAGAUUAUAACUCAGACUUUUAAGUUAUGAGUAGCAAAAAAGAUUUUUGUUUGUUUUUUUUAAGUGAUGGCAACAAGCUUCUAUAGGUGUCUGAGCUGAACGCUGAGGUUUGUCUGAGAGGUCACUUUGUGGAAGGUGGAGUUUUAAAGAGAACAGCGGCUCCACCUUGUGGCCAAGCUGUUAAUAGUUUUCUCCCACGCUUUUGAAAUGAGGGGGAAGUGAAGCAGUGAGCUACCUCUUUUGGGUUCUCUUGAUAUCGUCUUUCUCUCACCAUUCCCAUUUAUACCCUUCUUCUUCUUCUUUAAGCAAAGACUUACCUCAGUUGGCGAUGUUAACGGUGCAUUUGGUUCAUAAUAAUAAUAAUAAGGUGAAGACUCCAGUGGUGCUCUGUAACUUGUUAAAGACAUAAAUGUUUUACCAUUGGAUUUAUUUUUUUUUAUUAACUUAUUAAUUCUUUCCUUGCAGUUCUUUGCCUAAGUGAUAAAACCCUGCAUUGAAGCAUGCAUCACCAUUCUUUAUGGAAAAUAAGAAAGCCAUGAAUCCUGAAUAUAAGGUGUCAGUGUGGUCAUGCUGCUGGCUUACAGAGGAACUAAAACCUCUGAGGCUAGUGGAAAAAUCCCUGCUGUGUCAUGUUAAGAGUGAGACAUUGCAACAAAACCAAACAAAAAAUCUACACCCUGAGUGAUGCAACACAUUACUUUAAAUUCUUAGGUUGCCUGUUUUAACCAAACGGGCUGAGACUGAGGUACUGAACAGCGUGGAAACCCUCUGCGGUGCAGCUCUGUUAGCAGUCUGAGGAUGUGACCUCAUCUGCUCAGCUGUGACUCAUGGGAUAAUGAGGUGGAGCCCUGCAGCACAUCACACUUCUUUAUUAUUUUCCAACUCCUGAAUGGGAAAAAUCCCCUCACUGCAGUCAUAUUAUUUAAAACUUUCUUAUUUACUGCCAACCCAGAAGAAAGGGUUUGAAGCACAGACAGUAGAUGUAUCUUGCUUAUUCUGCUUUCCUUUUACUCUGAAAGUAGCUAAAACCUGACCAAUGACACCCAGGCAGACUCAGUCAUGUGACAUUUCCACAGUCACCACGUUUUGGCCUCCUGUUGGUUAAGAGUUUCUCCUUCACUGACAGGAUUUCCAGACUAGAGCUGCUUUCAGGUUUUGUUACAGUCAAGUAAAGUAGCCGUCACAUUACUGAGCCUGCCCCUCCAUCCAACCAAAUGCAAGUGCUGAACUAGUUUUAGUUUGCUCUCUCUUUUUUUAAUGUCCUUAUCUAUUUUUGCCUUUCACAUUUUACCCUUAAGCUUUAAAACAGUGAAGCAGCUACUCUGUAACUAGCAGAAGUCAACAAUGUGAAGAAAAAUUAUCUUUAAGGAUGGAGGCAGAUGCAGUGGAGCGGCCUAUGGAUGCACCAGGGCUAAAAGGGAAAAUCCAAAGAUUUACUACGAUCAUUCUUACCCUUACUGUUGCCCUAUAAUAACCCCAUUGCAUUUGAAUAGCUCAAACCUUAGAGUUUGACUGUUAAGUUCUAGUAGUAGUCCACUAGUAGUGCUAUUGAGCAGUAUUUGUAGCUGCUCCUGCCUUGAUUGUACACAUACAAACAGAUCAGGUGCCAGCUUUUAUCUAUUAAAGGGAUCAUACAUCUGUUUAUACUAAAGAAAACCCCAGAUUGGUUUAAAAACAUUAAAUGAGAUGACUUAUGUGUUUCUUCUUGAUGUUUGCUUGUAGCUAAAACUCACUGAAGCCCGAGUGCAGUUUGAGAAGUAACUAGAUGAAAUGUAGCAUGAAUAAUACAAAAAAUAUAUAUAAUACAGCUUAAAAAACCCCAUUUCCUGUUCUGUUUAGGGUAUAACAUUGAUAUCCGCUGAGGAUUGUGAGUUGUUGUUACUUGAUCUCUUAUCAUUAGGCACUGGUGCAUCUGUAGAGCGCGCUUUGGUGUAAAUGAAGUAAUUGACAUGUGAGACACACAUAUAUGAAACUGGAGCGCAUCUUUGGGUUUAUGAGUGCAUAAAGAUUUAAAAGGGAAUAGAGAUGUGCACGAACAGUGUAAACCUGCCACAACCAAAACCGUUUUACUUUUGAUGCACAUUAAACCUCCAACAAUAGCUCUCUGUUUAGUGUGAUCAGUGUUCUCUAUUAGCCAGUACCCUAUUAUUAUCAUUAUUAUCAUUAUAAUUAUUAUUAUUAUUAUUAUUGUUAUUAUUAUCAUUAUUAUUAUACUACAUGUGCCUGCUGAAUUGUUUUGCACUAAAUAUGUAGCUCAAGGCCCUGGCAGAAACUUCUGCUGGGGAAAAAAAUAUUUUUCUUUCUAAUUUAAUUUGCCAAAAAAAUGACAACAAACUGGUCUAAAUUCAGUUGAGACACAUUCAAAAAAACGCUGUAUAUGAAGCUGAUUCAGGUGAAAUCCCUCAAACAGGGACGUCUGUUAUGAGCCUGUUGGAGGGGAGAGUUUUCUUUCAAAUAUUUCCAGGCCAAACAUCCUCCGCCCCCAAUGCCUCUCUCUUCCUCUCAUCAUCCCGGCAGCGUGGAUUCGCACAUGAAGAGAUCUGAUUUUCAGCACAUGAUGAAUAAAAGCGACCAAGUCAGUCUAAAACUCAGAUGACUUUUUUGUCUGUUAUGGUUUUGUUGUUCUUUUUUUAACCUCUGUUCCUCCUCAUUGUGUGCCGUUUACGUUCAGAGCCCUUAUUGUACAUUUGGAUGUUAAUAACAAUUUUGUUGUAAUUAUAAAUAAGCUUGUACAUUGAUGUUGUUUUUGAUGCAAUUUAUCUUUAACACAAAUUGGGGGUUUUUCUGAUAUAUUGGACCAAUAAUAAAAGGAAUGAAUGCAUUU